AUGGUCCUCAGGCACGGGAGCCCUGUACCCUGGAACGCAGAAUUAGAACAGAAUAGCUACCCGAGAAGAUGGAAUGAAAUGAAAAAGGAUUUUUGCUCACUGCUGUCCGGUUCGAUUAAUAAUUUGCCUGCUGCUCAGAUACAAGACAUAAAAUGUAAUCUCCUCCGAAUACUUGGCCAUCCAAACCGAGGUCAGCUGCUGCUUGGAUUCAAUCAAACAUUUCUGGAACAAAACAACCUAACACGAGUCCAGUUUGCUGCUAGAGUUCUCGAAAAACUUAAUGAGUUCGGAAGCAUGAGCAAGAAUCAAACUCGCUUUGUCCCUGGGGCAUUUAUCCAACAACCGAGUGUCUACUCAUUUGUCUCAGCACGCGGUCUUGACUCAGCCCUAUCAUUUACCGUUACGGCUUUUGAAAAUGGCGUAGAAAAGGUGUUGCAAAACUCUGUGGACGACUUAACCUUCAAAAGUCGUAUAGACGAAAUCGAAUGCACAAUGAUCAUGGACUGGCUUCGCAAAGAAUACACGCAGGAGAUUGAAAGCGAAUGUGCCUUCAUCCCACCAUCUAGGCGACUGUUUGCCCAAAUCGAGAUAAAAUUUGAGCCUCCAUUGCCCAAGAAAAUUCAAGAAAAUCAACUACUAAAGCAAAUCGAUAAGAUGCAAAAUUCUCAACCAAAGGAAUACGGGUUGGACCGAAUAUCGCUGAACUUAGAUGAAACCGAACGUACAAAUGAGAUAGAGGAGAUCAAAGAAUUCGUCGAAAUUGAGGGGAUAACAGAAACCCAAAAGCCUGUUGGCACACAGAGUCCAAAAGAAGGACUUGCGACAGCAUCUAUCACACCUGAUGUGGAAACUGAUGCGACUACGGAAUUCAUCGAAACUGAUGAGACUACCGAAUUCAUCGAAACUGAUGCGGUUACCGAAUUCGUCGAAACGGUUGGCACACAGAGUCCAAAAGAAGGACUUGCGACAGCAUCUGUCACACCUGAUGUGGAAACUGAGAGUUCGAACACCAAACCCAGUACGAAAAGAAAUCAAAGCACCCGGCCGAGGUGGAACUUGUGGUUCGUCUUACUACAUUUUAUCUAUUUUUGGGCAGUAACGCGAUGUCAGGUAUCUACUCUUGAUUAUUAGUGCGCAAAAUACCAGUUACUUUAGAUUUUCCACCAUCAAUUUUAACUCUGCUCAUUUUGCGUGUGC